CCAAAACUCUACCUCUAUAAGAAUUCAUUCUGCAUUCGUUGGAGACUUAAUUCGUAGGAGCAAGGGAGGUAAUUAGCCAAGUGACUAGUUCGCCAAGUGUUAUGAAGACAUAUUAGCAGUGGUGACUGAUAGUUGAAAUUAGUAGCUAGGACAAUGGGAUUCACUGAGAUAAUAUUGCCGCUACUGAUUACAUUGACACUAGUGAAGGCCUCCACAAAUUCAGCAAACGCAAAUCACAAUUUUACUCUGCCUUCAUAUUGUCCCAAAACAUGUGGGGAUAUUAAAAUUGAGUAUCCUUUUGGCAUCGGCCACGGUUGCUUUUAUGCUGCUGGAUUUAAUCUUACUUGUUCUUAUGACUCCAAGCCUCCAAGACUCCUAUUGGAGAAUAGCAAUUUACAAGUAAAGGAAUUUGAUAUAAAUGUGGGGUUGGUUCGCAUUGAAUCGCCAUAUGCCAUAAUGAAUGUCAGCCAAGAAUCCAUCAGCACCACAUUAAUCAAUCUCACGAAUUCACCAUUCACUAUAUCUGAUCAACAUUAUGUUGGUGAUCCAUUCAUUGAUGAAACAAUGGACAACAGCUUGUUUGUGUUCGGCUGCAAUGGUACUGGUAGUAUAGUUGAUCCCAUAACCAAUACCAUCGUCGCUGCUUGUUCAUCAAUAUGCUCUUCCAAUUAUACUUCAACAAUUGAUAAUGGAUUUUCGGAUUCUGGCAAUGGUUACUGCAGAAUUUUCUUGGACAGCUUGAAAUUUAACAAGACUUCAUUGACUCUUCAGUUAUCCCGUCCCAAUUAUGAGAAUGAGAACAACCAUAUGAAUAACAGUGAUAGGUCCAACAUCAUAGCUUUCUUAUGUGAUGAAUUCUUCUGUAGUGAAGCGGAUCCCCAAAGUUUUAUAAAGAACGAAGACAAAACAAAAACAAAUACCUCUCUUUCUUGGCAUAUCAAGGAUCAUUCUUCAUGUAAAGAGGCCUGGAAUUAUCCAGCCACUUAUGCUUGUCGCAGUAGUAAUACUAACUGCUAUGACAUCACUGAUAAAGCUUUCUAUGUCGACGACCAGAAUGAUACCGUUGGAUAUAUUUGUCGAUGUUCUUUCGGUCAUCAUGGAAAUCCAUAUAUACCAUAUGGCUGUCAAUUAGAUCCAUAUAUAAAUCUUACUCCUGCAAAAGAUUGUCGAAAAAAAUGUGGAAAUAUGACAAUCCCUUUUCCAUUCGGUGUAAAGAAGAAGUGUUAUCGAUCUCAAGAGUUUGCUCUUUCAUGCAAUAAGUCUUCUCAUCCUCCAACUCUUCUUUAUCAAGACCAUCGUCUCAAAGUGAAAGCAAUUUCAUUAGAGGAUGGGCAAUUAGAGCUCUUACCGGAUGAUGUACAAUCGUAUGAAUUAGAACUCAAUAAUAAUAAGUAUCUCGCUGUUCAAAAAGAGAAAAGCAUCAUCUAUAAUUGGAUAAUUGGCUAUGAGAGUUGUGAUGAUGCUGCGAAGAACAAGAGCACCUUUGCAUGUCGCGCUCAAUACAGCUCAUGUUUUGAUGCGAGUGCCACAAGAAAUCACUCAGGUUCAGCAUAUCGAUGCAAAUGCAAGGAAGGCUACGAGGGAAAUCCUUACAUCCCUAAUGGAUGCCAAGAUAUAGAUGAAUGCAACUCUUCCUCCCCUAUCUGCAAAGGAGUUUGCAUAAACACAAAUGGUAGUUUCAAUUGCCUAUGUCCCUUGGGAACAUCUGGAGAUCCUCUACAUGGAGCAUGCAUUCCUAACAAAAAGAAAAUUCUUUUAUUGGGGCUCAGCGUUGGUGCAAGCAUUGGAGUAGGCCUUUUGUUCUUAUGCAUUACAUUGGUCUUCCUAAGUAGGAAGUGGAAGGAAGGAAAUCAAAAGAAAAUAAGACAGAGAAAUUUUCAUCAGAAUCAUGGUUUAUUGCUUCAACAACUAGUCUCCACAAAUGAACAUGUUGAGGAGAGAAUAAAUAUAUUUUCUUUGGAAGAAAUAGAAAAGGCAACAAAUAAUUUUGAUGAAGCUCGAGUAGUUGGAAGCGGAGGGCAAGGAACUGUUUACAAAGGAAUUCUAUCCGAUCAAAGAGUUGUUGCCAUAAAAAAGUCAAAAACAGUUAAAAAAAGUGAGAUUGACCAAUUCAUAAACGAGGUUGCUCUUCUUUCUCAGAUCAAUCAUAGAAAUGUAGUUAAGUUGUUUGGAUGUUGCUUGGAAACUGAAGUUCCUUUGUUAAUUUAUGAAUUUAUUUCAAAUGGGGCCCUUUCAGAUCAUCUUCAUGUUUCACAAGGUGAAUCAAAAUUAUCAUGGGAUGAUCGUCUCAGAAUUGCUAUAGAAUCUGCUGGAGCACUUGCCUAUUUACACUCAGCUGCUUCUAUAUCUAUUUUUCAUAGAGAUGUCAAGUCAUCAAAUAUUCUUUUAGAUGAUACUUUAAGGGCAAAGGUAUCAGACUUUGGAGCAUCAAAAUUUAUUCCUCUUGAUCAAACACACACAGUCACUGUCAUAUAUGGCACUUUUGGUUACUUAGACCCGGAAUAUUAUCAAACUGGCCAGUUAACAGAGAAGAGUGAUGUUUAUAGCUUUGGGGUUAUUCUUCUUGAGCUUUUAACAGGGAAAAAACCCAUCUACUUAACCAAAACUGGGUUGCAACAAAAUCUAGCGACGAAUUUCCUUCAAACAACAAGAGAGGAGACACUCUUUGAUCUCAUAGAAGAUCGUAUUUUGCAAGAAGGAACAGAGCAAGAGCUUUUUGAAAUAAGUAGUUUAAUAGAAAUGUGUCUAAGUUUGAAAGGUGUGGAAAGGCCUACAAUGAAAGAAGUUGAGUACAGAUUGCAAGGCAUAAGAAAGACAAGAAUGAAAAAGAGAGGGCUUUGUGAUCCAAAAGGCAAUGAGGAAAUCGAAUUCUUACUCACUCUUUCAAGCUACUCUUCCUCAGAAUUGGUGAACCAAAUAAAUCAAGGAAACUCUCGGAAUUAUAGCUUAGAAAAGGAAUUCUUGAUAUCACAAAAUUACCCACGGUUUGGCCAAAUUUAGAUGAUUUUCCUCACAGGAUGGAUUGUGGAUCGUUCACCCUAUUCGUAUAUGAGGCACCUCACCGGAUGAAUAUUUUUAUGUGAGACACUUUUCGGAUGGAUUGCAGGUCAUUCAUUAUAUAUAUGUGUGUGUGCGCGCGCGCGCGUGCGCGUGUGCAUUUACAUGAUGUAUUUCGUAUUGGGUAGAUUACAAAUUGUUUACCUCAUGUACAUACAAUACAUC